AACAGGUGAGAAGGAAACAGGAGGCUUGUGGCAGCUGCAGCAGCAAUACCUCUCUGAAGCAACAGGCGCGCGGACGCAGCACUCCUCCUUCAGCAGGGAAGUUUGCGUUUGGAGCACCUCGUGCGAAGAGGGACAAAUUUCCCCAGGGAGCUGUGAAAGCGAAGGUUGGCUACGGUGCUAUUAGAGCCGCGCCCGCCCUGGGGAGGAGGAGCCAGGUGCUUUUGCCUUGAGGGCUACCCUGCUGUUAGUUGCUCUGUGCCGCCUCUUGGCUGCAGCUGGACAUUCGCCGAGAAUACGGGAGAGACAUUGGAGGAUGCACUGGUCGACGAGGUCUCGCUGCUGAGCUUUUCUCCGGCUGUACAAAGUAGUAAUAACAGCAAGAGGGGAGUGGGACUCGGGUUGAUUUCUGCCUUGGGUCCUUGGCUGUGUGUAUUCAAGCUUUCAUUAGAAGCAGUAAUGGCAGCAGAAUUCUUUAAGAACUGCUGCAGAAGUUGCUUUUAUGUCGAGAAGGUGAAGCAUGAUGCCUCUUUGCAGAAGGAAUCUGAAGUUUCAGCCAAAUAUAGAUCAAAUACUGUGGAGAAACCUCCCUUGUCUUCUGUGUCAGUGAAACGGCAGGUUGGCUGCUCAGAAGAUUAUCUUCUUUCCAAGCUCCCGACAGGUGGCAAGGAAGUACCCUUUGUGGUUCCUCAAUUCAAGCUUGCCUACAUUCAACCCAAGAACCUUGGUAAUCCAUCACAUCAUGGAGGAAUUCAAGGUUCUGCUGUAACAUCUUUUGGUGAUCGGAAAGCAGAGCUCUCUGGUGCAUGUCAUCAAGGACCUCUCAUUGAUAUGGUGUAUAAUCCAUUCUACAUGCAUCAGCAACAGCCCCCUCUCUCUCCAGAUCUGACUCGUCACCAUCUAGAAAAAUCAGACAAUAGGAGGCUAUAUGGGUCAGUUUGUGAUUUAAGGAGUGGCACGUUGCCUGGCUCAUCCCAUCUAAGUCACUCAAUGUUUGAUCUUACAAGUCCACCUCACCGAUUCAUGCAGGCACUUCCUUUGCAGAGGUAUGAUUCAGUCUCCAGUGUUCCAAGCAGCACCUCGUCCAGGAAAGACUCGCAAGGUAGUAACAGGAGUCUAGAUACAAUUACAUUAUCAGGUGAUGAACGGGAAUUUGGCAGGCUGCAUGUGAGGCUUUGGUAUGCACCUUCUGUAGAACAGAUCUGGAUUACAGUCUUGGAAUGUAAAGAUCUGAGCUGGUCUUCUAGCUGUGGAGAAAACCCUCACAUUUCUAUCAAGGGAAUCCUUACAUUGCCCAAGCCAGUGCAAUUCAGAUGUUUGGCCAAAGAAGCUUCCAGUGACACUGAAUUCAUGGAAACCUUUGUUUUUGCUAUCAAACUGCAACUCCUACAGACUGCAAGACUAGUGUUCAAAGUACAAACUCAAAUUCCCAGGAAGAAAACAAUAGGAGAAUGUGCCCUGCCUCUGAGAGAGCUUAGCUCACAAGAGACUGACUAUUGGUUGAUGAUAGCACCUCCUUCCAAAACUUCAGUGUGCCCCACAGAACUGAAAAUAGGAACCUGUUUUCAAGCAGUAAACAGCCGGAUCCAGCUGCAAAUUCUUGAAGCCCAGAACCUCCCACGUUCAUCCAGACCUCUGUCUUCAAAUUUUUUUGUGAAGGCUGCAAUGUUUAGCACUGAAGGGUUGGUUGAUAAGAAGAAGACACGGCUACUAAAGCCCACGAAUGGUCAAGUGAAAUGGGGAGAAACUAUGAUUUUUCCAGUGAGCCAGAAUGAGCAUGGGAUUAACUUUCUCAUUAAACUCUACAGCAGGAGCUCAGUGAGAAGGAAACACUUUCUGGGACAGGUCUGGCUAAGCAGUGACAGCAACAGCAGUGAGGCUGCCGAUCAGUGGAAAGACACUAUUGUUAAUCCAGAGAAAGUUGUCAUUAAGUGGCAUGACAUCACUGCAGCAUGAUAAUACUAUGGACAGUGCUUUUGAUAGUACUGAUGUGGACUUGAGCAAAAAAACUUCUACACUUAUUUAAAAUGAAGAGCCACCAAAUAAAACACAAGGAAAACAAAUGCCUGCAUGAACUGCGUAUAGUGCUGCAUCUGGGGAAGAAAAUAAAAGGUAGGGAAUGGUAGCAUUGUCCAUGGAAGCCAGCUAAAUACUUUGGGUUUUUUCUUUCAUAAGGAUUACAUAGAAAACUGUUGUAUAUUUAUGCUCCUCUUAGAAGAAAAACUAAGGCAGUGUUCUCUCAAAGGUCUACAAAAUGAUUUGGAAGACUUUCCUUCAGGAAGAUUUCUCCCUCUUAUCAGUUGAAAGCUUUGUCUUGACAACCAUCUUGUUGCUCAGACUAUUCCAUGGACAUUGUUAUAGAGUUAAACAAGAGGCAUAAGGCAGGAUGAGAGUAGGAUUUAGUGUUUACUGUUAAAAAUAUCUUGGCUAAAAUAAACUUUUUGAAAGAAGUUUGAAGAAUGCUUGCUUGUCAUCAUGAAUGUUGGACUUUGUGAGGGAGGGCUGAAGCGUGUCAAAAGAGGACUCUUGCUACACUCAAAGUAUAACAAUCUUCAAAGUCAAACUCCUAAGUUGUGUUUUAUGUACACUUGCUUUGUGCCUAAGACUCACCUCACUAUGGUGAGCAAAUCAGUGGACAAACAGCAAACUAAACUUUUGCUUGGAUGAAACAGGAAAAGAACUUCAGAGAAACCCAAGAGGAGAGAGUAUGUACUCAGCACUGUGCACUUAAGAAACACUGUUAGUUUGAUCCUGGUUUCUUUUAACCAAACAGUGUUAGAACAAACACAGUUCCCUGAGUUUGUACAUAAUGUGGAACUGUGGUUUUGUUCCAAAGUAAAAGCAUGAGAUUUCACUCUCCUCUCUUGUGCAGGAACACGAGGGGAGGAAGAGAGGAAGCAGUGGAGCCUGUGGCUUUCAGUGGCUUGUUUCCAUCACACCAAAUCAUGAUAGCAUUACACUGGGCUAUUUAAAAUUCUGUCAUCUCAUUUGGGUAAUAUCUAUUCAGAGUUCCUAUAAUUUGGAAGAGAAACACUCACUUUUUUCUGCUUCAUAGUCUUCAUGCUUUAUCUGCUUCUAUUUGAUGUUCCCUCUUUCUGCUGUUUUUUGUCCUUGCUGUAGUACUUUUAAAAAUCAAUUGCAAAUGCUCUGGCUAUCUAUAGUUUUUCAAAGGACAGUGUACCUACUCAUUUGAAACUUAUUUUUGCUUACUGUGCUACAGGUGGAUGGUGACAAAAAAAUUUAAGAUGAUAUUUUGUUGCUGUAGGUGGGAGUUCUGUGCUUUUUGGCUUUAUAAUAAAACAAAGUGUGUUUUCAUGGUGUAGUCAGGACAUCUGGUACAGUGUAAAUGUGAUGAUCUGGAUUGUGAUCCGUUGUAACCAUAAGGAAUGGGUUCUGCGCCUGCGCAGGGACCUCGUGAGCUGAUUGAUUAGCCCCUCUUGACGCCCUCCUGCCUGCACGUGCUGUGCUGUGUCCGUUAAGACUGGCGGUUGGGGCAUCUCCUCCUCAGUUUCUCUUUGACCGCCUUAGUGAUCACACCUCGUUGCUGUUGCUCCUCGGAUACUAUUUGAGGGACCGCCUGCUCCCAAGGGUUGCUGCCCGCUUGACGAGGACAUCUGAGGGGGCCCUGCUCCGGGUGCCGACAAUGAGAGAGGCCCGGCUGUCGUGCACUCGGGACAGGGCCUUCUCUGUUGCUGCCCCCAGACUCUGGAAUGCUCUCCCAGUGGUCAUUCGCUCCUCGGACUCCAUCAUGGCUUUUAGAAAGCUUGUAAAGACUUGGCUUUUUACCCAGGCUUUUACAUAAUGGUUUUUACUGCUGCUUCUGGGUGUUUUUAUUUCUUGUAUUGUUUUAUGCCUGUUUUUAUAUGUUUUUAUACUCUUAGCAUGUUGUUUUUAUUGUGUUUUUAUUGUAUGUUUUUAACUUUUGUAAACCGCCUUGGGGCUAUAUUUUAACGAAAGGCGGUAUAAAAAUGCAAAAAUAAAUAAAUAAAUAAAUACUACUUUGAACUCUUGG